GCACUCCCAACUGCUGCACCGACUUGACUGACUGCUCGGCACACCAGCACCAGCAGCACCAGCAGCACCAGCACCAGCAGCACCAGCCGACACAAGUUACUCUCAUUCCUGCUCACACUCACACUCACCCACUCUAACUUCUGGGUGACUUCUUAUCAUUCCAAUUCCGAGAGAUUGUUCCAGUUAUCAUUUCUCCCUAUAUGUAUGACAGUUACCCCAUCCCAGUCAUUCCACAACCUGAGGUCUUGAGUUCUGGAGCUUACAAUCCGGUGAGUGUGUGGAGCAGCGUGUGCCCCGGGAUCAUCCCCUCGCCCGUCCCGAGCGACCCUGCACCUGCCUCCGACUACUCAUCGGUGCACUCUUCGCCCCUCAGUAGCGGCAGCCUGUGCCCGCUCGGUCGGCUCAGUCCUCAGCAGUCCCAUUCCGACCGCCUGAACAGGGACCAGAGUGGCUCGGAAACGUCCAUCAGCGACGAGGAGGAGCGGAUUAGUGCCAAAGUCUCGGAUCAACAUGCAGUGGAGGCUGAGAAGUUUCAGUGUAACUUGUGCAACAAGGCUUACUCAACCUUCUCGGGACUGGCCAAACACAAGCAGCUGCACUGCGACUCUCAGACUCGAAAAUCAUUUAGCUGCAAGUACUGUGAGAAGGAGUAUGUCAGCCUGGGAGCUUUGAAGAUGCACAUCAGGACCCACACUCUGCCCUGUGUAUGCAAAAUCUGUGGCAAGGCAUUCUCCAGACCCUGGCUUCUGCAAGGCCACAUCAGAACGCACACUGGUGAGAAACCCUUCUCAUGUCCUCACUGCAGCAGAGCUUUCGCUGAUCGAUCUAACCUGAGGGCACAUCUUCAGACACAUUCGGACGUGAAAAAAUACCAGUGCAAAAACUGCGCCAAAACUUUCUCCAGAAUGUCUCUGCUUCAUAAGCACGAGGAAUCGGGAUGCUGCCUAGCCCACUGAAGGAAGGAACUGCACAAAGGACUAAUUGUAACUUUGCUUUCAUGUCUUCUCCUCUCCAAGCAUUCCAGUUGCUCUGGUGAACCAGGAGUUUGGUUCCUUGAAACUGUUGGGAGACAACUUCUGUAACGUUCAAUUGAGGUGAAAAUCUUGAAAAGCGGGAUUUUGAUUAUAAUAUAGUUUUAAUAAGAUGGACUGCACACACCAAAGAACACCUCACAUCACAUUCCAUGUAAUACAUCCCUCUUGGUGCCUUCUGUUGUUGCAAUUGUACAUUUAUGUCCAUAUAUAAUGUAAAUAUUCUAUUUUUGUAUUUGAAUGCAUUUUGUCAAAAAAAUGAACUGAAUGCAUUAGUGCACGUAGACACUUAAAAGCAAACCUGUACAGAUUAAGGCUUGUUUGUUGGAAGCCUGCAGUUUAAUAUGUUUAACUAUGCAUUUUCCAUCCACUUUUUUUAAUUAAGCAAAUGUGUUUUUCUACAAUAAAUACGCAAUGCUACUUUUUUUUACAAUAAACAUUUUUUUUAAAAUU